AUGUCUUUCAUAUAUUUUCAAAUUAUUAUUGCAAUAUUUCUACCAUUGAACAUUCUUUCUCAGAGCGAUUAUAAUGAUGAUAUUUUAUUCGAAGUUUCAGAACCAUCUGAUAUUAGUUAUACAUUUCGAUGUCGAAGAGCACAAAAUUUUGGUGGCAAUUUUAAACAUUUUCAUAAAGAUAUCUAUCUAAUACCAGCGAAACCAAUAGUAGGAUGUAGUCGUUUACAAAAUCAACCUGCAUUAAAAGAUAAUAUUGCAUUAAUUGAACGCGGUGACUGUUCGUUUGUAACAAAAGUAAUAAAUGCACAAGAAAGUAAUGCGUUAGGUGUAAUUGUAAUGGAUAAUGAUCGUAGAGCAGAUAAUCUUUUCGUUGAUAUGAUAGAUGAUUCAACUAAACGAAAUGUUCACAUUCCAGCUAUGUUUAUACAAUAUGGAGAUGGACAUAUGAUAUUAGAUUCCAUUGAAAAAAAAGGUUUAAUAGGUGCACGAAUAAAUAUUCCAUUAAAUUUAACUUAUAAUGAAAUAUUAAAAGUAAAUCGAUCUCCAGGAUCACAUUGGCUUUAA